CCACAUAGUACAUAGUUGCAUGUGUGAAAUCAUACACAUAAAUGCCACCAGCAAUAGGAUCGUCUGCGUCUAUUUAAAGAGUUGACAACUGUGACACUGUUACUUUAUCUAGGUAGAUCGUAUCUGAUCGUAUCGGCCAAGCAUCGGUGCUAAUACUUCUUUCUUGAUAACAGAAAAAUAAAAAGUGAUAAACAUGCCUGGAUUUGGAGAUUGUGACAAAACAGGAGACGGACUGUGUUUGGAUGAAUUUGUAAACUAUUUGGAAAGAGAACAUCAUGUGAAGAUUUCAAAAGAUAUAGCCAGAGAUGUUUUUCAGAAAAUCGACGGCAGGAAAGUCGAUGACGACCGUAUUACAUGGGCGGAAUGGGAAGAAUUUCAAAAUACAACACCUUUUACUCAAGUGAAAAAGGAGGAUCUUAUGAAGGCGUUUGAUGACGCAGACAAGGAUGGAAGCGGAAAACUCAAUUCUUGUGAAAUGUUGCAAAAAUUAAAAAGUAAGGGAUAUGAUCGCCAAGAUGUAACAGACAUCAUUAAAAAUAUUGAUUUAGAUAAUGAUUCUGAAAUAAAUAGGAAUGAGUGGGAGAAAGUAGUUGACGAGAUGAUUGCUAAAGCUAAUUAAGUUACAGGUCGCUUUAUGUUAUGUCAAAAUACAUCUCAAGGCUACUUAUUGUUUACUUUGUUGUAGCGUUUUCUUAAGCAUUUUGUUAUUUUUGUCUUUUUUCAUGUGUUUAUUCCAUUUGCGACAAGGUUUCAAUAAAUUACCAAUGUGCUUCGUUUAUGAGUGCCGUGGGUACUCACAGUUUAUAAUCGCAUAGAAAUACUCACAAUUCAAUAUGUAUAAUAUUAAACAACUCAGUCGUACGUCAUAGGUCAUUAUUAAUCUAUUGGGAACUCAGCAUGUCGAUUAGAAAGAAGACAUUGACGAUUUCUACACUCGUCUUUACUAUCUUCUGUAGCAUGAUGCAUAAGCACUAAUACGAGAUAAAUCAAUAGCUUUCAAAACUCUACAUAUACACAUACAUACAUACAUACAUACAUACAUACAUACAUACAUACAUACAUACACGCAUACAUACAGACAUGCCUGUGAGUACACUUAGUUUCUUGCUAUUUUCUCCAUUUAAAAGGGGUUUUUUUUAAUGCAAUGGAAUAGAAUGAAUAAUUUACUACUAUAGAACGAAAUAA